AUGGCCUUGGCAAAUUCCAGACCAUUGGAUAUUCCUACACUGGACGAUGAACUUAUUGCAAAUUCAAAGUCGCCAUUGUUUGAUGCAAGCACUUUAGCUAACAGUGCCAAAGCUUUUCCAGAGUCUGAGUCUGACAAAACCAAGCCUAGUGGGAAGCAUGAUUCGAAAGCGAAAAAGAACUCUAAUGGAUCACUUGCUUCUUCUCAGUUAACCGAUGUCGUCUCCAUUUCGAAAACGAUUCCAGUGACAGGAGAAAGACCGAAACCAGAAAACAAUGGCCCCACCUUAAAUGAAGAUGAUGUGUUGUACGCAAUUUUUGUCAUUUUAUGGGAAAGCGAUCCAGGCCAACAAGGUAUGACUGUCAAACAGUUAUGUGAUUUAUUAUUGGAAAAGCACCCUGAAAUGAACAAUUUGUCAACAAAACUCUCUAACUUGAUAUCUGCAAAACUGAAUGCGUAUGUCAAAAAAGUUGAGAAGGGUGAAAAGGGCCUUUCUUAUGCUCUUUCUCGUGAAUGGUCUGAUGCAUCUCCCAGAAGAAUGGUGUACAUCUAUCGCGGUAUUCUCGCACCUGACUAUCAAAAACACGCUCAAGCUGCAGCUGCAGCUUUAGCUGCAGCUUCAACUCAGUUAUCUGAUAAUGGUUCAAACCCAAUGGGAAAGAACAAGACAAAAUCUAAGAAGCAAUUGGCUAAGAGCACCUCAGACUUAGGAAUGGAAAUUGACGGAUCACAGAGUACAGAUUACAAGGAUGGGGCAAUCCCUAGAAGUUCAAGUGCUAUGAGUGGUCUCAAAUCAUCUACUUUCUCUGCGGGCAAUUUUGUUAAUGAUUUCAACAUCCCUUAUAUGUCCUCACCAGUAUCAGUUAGCUUAACACCAAAAUUGGAAGAGCUGUCUUUGUCUCAUGUGUCUAAUGAUCUCGACAUAGAUUCUCAUAUCACCCUGACAGGUAAGAGAUUGUCUAUGGGCCAAGAUCGUCCUGGCAAAAAGAUGAAAAUGGAGCAAGUUUCAAACUCUCUAGAGUUACAAGCGGGUCAAGUUCAACAACAACAACCUGUAUACAUAACAAUUGCUAGUUCUACUCCAAGACUUUCAAGGAAUUCAUCUAAACACCACGAUUCAAACAAUACUGCGACAAGUUCCGAGACUGCGCAGACCGUUGCAGAAAUUCUCAAAACUGUAGUAACGCAGAAUCCUAUUGUUAUAACUCCAAGGUCUUCGAAGGCUUCGUCACCACUUGCUUCCGCGGCAAGCAGCCAAGACUAUACGAAACAUACAAAGGAAAAAAGCUGCCAAUGGUUACGCUCUUUGAGAGAUGGCUUUUUGCUGGAGGAAAUUCCAACCCCAGAAUCUCUCUCUCCUGAUGAGCUUGAUGAAUUUUUCACAUAA